AUGAGCAACGCGCUGCUGUCGAGUUUCCGCUUGGAACGCGUGAUCAAUGAGGAUCCGCGCGCCAAGUCGGUGAACCUUCUCGGAACAUGCAUUGGAGAGAAGGACGAGCGCGUGAACGCCGUUCUGCUGAUGGAGCGUGCCUUCUUCACGCCGGCGUUUGUGGAAUCGCUGCGCGAGGGUCCACAGGCCACUUUUUCGCGCCUGGAAACUAUUGGCCAGAACGAUGUGUAUACCUGGGUGCUUGGAUGGCAACAGGAUAGCGAACAGAGCGGCGCACACUCGAAAAUGACCCUCAUUUGCCCGGCGGGCGACGAGGUCAUUGCCAAGUACAGCGCACAGGAACGCCGCAUGAUCCUCGAGACGGCCGAAAUCUACAAACAGGUGACCAAGCCAUGGAUCGAUUCGAUCCCUAAGUCCAAAACGACGUGGGUGCACAAUAUCCUCGAUGGCGUCUCGGAGCGUGAGUCCGUCUUGUACCGUGAUGACGAUCCCAAGACCGGCUUUGUGAUCGUCCCGGACCUUAAGUGGGACCGUCGCACGCUCGGCUCGCUCUAUCUCGUGGCAAUUGUUAAGGAUGCAAGCCUCACCAACAUGCGUGAUCUGACCAAGGACCACGUACCGCUCCUGAAAAAGAUCCAAGCCGCAGGCACCAAGAUUGCUACGGAGAAGUAUGGGCUUCCGCCGCCUAGCGCGGACGGCGUGUCGUCAUCGCUGCGCUGCUUCCUGCACUACAUGCCCACCUACUUCCACCUCCAUGUGCACAUGCUCUCGGUGAACUACAUUUCCCACCCUGGCGCCAUUGUCGGCCAAGCACAGCUUCUCGACGACGUCGUGGGCUUGCUGGAACUAGGCGUCGAUUUCAAGGAGCGUACGCUUGGUUAUGCUCUGACCGACGGACACAAGCUCAUGGGCGAGCUCCAAAAGGCAGGACUCGCUGCCGCUACGCUCGCCGCUACUACGCAGGCCGGCUGGAUUACGUUCACCAACGAGAACAAGCAGGCCGAGGGCCUCCCUUGUGUCGGUGCUAUCUAUGGUAACGACAACUUCCUCGUGAGCACGUUCGACUGCGGUGCCACCGACUGGAACUCGUCGUUCUGUGGCAUCCACUGCUUCCCCUUCUCGGCAACUACCUGCAUCGGCAAGGUUCCGCUGGACGUGAACAACGGCACUGGCAACGGUUUGUGGUACGCUCCGCACAGUGUGCAGACUGCUUGCCAGUUCCUCGGCCCUGUUGAGUCGCCGCAGCACGACUACCCUCAGGCUGGCGUCAAUGUGACGUCGUGCGGCUACGUCGACUGGCCCGAGAGCCGUACGUGGGGCCCGACGCGUGCUCUGCCUCCGUACGACGUGAAGACGAGCGGAUGCUGGAACGUGACGCAGAAGCCAGACCCCAAGUACCCCAAGAAGAACGGUAUUCAUUACUUUGAUGGCGCCGCGCCGACCAACCAGUCGUUUUGCGACCAGAUGGUGGCCCAGACGUGCGAUGGCGGCAACGACCCUAUUUGCAAGUACAACCCCAGCAACGACUUGCGCAUCGACUGCAAGAAAACAGAGAUGCCCAAGACGUCGAAGGAGUAA